AUGCUCCGACUCUUCACUUGGGACAAGUUGGUCUGGGUCACACGGAUCGUCUUCGUGACAGGUCUUCGGGGCAUCCCAAGCCUAAUGCAUCUCAUUGGCGACAAGCUCGGCUUCGCGCAUGGGGUUCUAUUGACGCACAACAAGCCUGAGUGUCAUGCUCAGCAACGACGUGGGCCUCGGCAAACCCACAGGGUCUUACCAUUCGUAUGCUCGCCUUCUUGA